CAUGCCUUUCAGACCAGCUCAGACUUCUCUGUCAAGAAAGCUGCCACAACACAGCUAAAGACGCUUCUGGAGGUGUGCAGGGGAAUCGUGUGUGUAAUUCCCGUGGAUUUGAUUAACAGACGUAGACAGAGAUAUAUAUAUACACAUAGAACAUUACAGGUAUAUAGACAUACCAUACUUGCCAUGUUGUCCUCACCAUCUCCACUAAAAACUGCUCUGCCAUCAGAAGUUUUCGUAUGGCAAAAUGAAUCUUCUCUGGCAGUGCCAUCCGAUAAUCUUCUCAGAUGCGGGGCCAGCGGGGACCAACGGGUAAAGGAACAAGUAAUGAUGACAGUGAAAAGGCAGAAGCCAAGGAGCUCGCAAUCAACUACUUUCAUUCAAGGAAACAGAGUUGGUUCAAUGUACGAGACCACUGAAGAUUCUUACAACAUGAAUCGCAACAGCAUCGGCAAUCAUUAUACUAAGUACCAGAAUGGUAGCACAUGGGGGUAUCAGCCACAAUAUAAUGGGACUCUAAAGAAGGAAAACAAGCGCUUUAGCUCCCAAAGUCAAUUUGACAAUUGGGGUCGACAACAGUAUAUAUCUGUGGGAGGUCCUAUAAGUCCAGGAAGCGAAUAUGGCUAUAUGCAGACCCUCAAAAGCAGUCGAAGUGAGCCAGACCUCACAGGUCCUAAUAUGAAGGCCACACUGAGACGUCCGAACCUCAAUAAUAACACACAAAACCAGUACUCUCAGCAUCAGCAGCAGCAACAACAAAGACGCUCUGGAAAAGGUGCCCACAACUCAAGCUUCUACAGCCAUCAAAGCGCACAAAAUUGGAAGACAGGGACCAUGCAGCCAACACGCACACCGUCUUCUAUCUCAGCUGUACGGCAGCCACAGAUUUACAACACAGUGCAGAGAAAUGAUACAGGUUAUAUUCAGAAGCAGGAUAACUAUGGAUGCAUGCAGGUGCCAUCCAGGAUGGAUUCCCGUGAUGAAUUUGAUGGAGCAUCUAUGUCAAUAGAACGAGCAGUGGAACUUCUUUCAUCUACAAAUGAAAAGUAUCAGACAUCUGGAGCCAACUACAUACAGCAUACAUGCUAUCAAGAUGAGAAUGCUAAGAACUUGGUUUACCAGUAUAAUGGUAUCUUGAAGUUAAUCACCCUUUUCCAGAGCUCCAAUCAGAAUGUGCAGCAGGCUGCAGCUGGCGCACUAAGAAAUCUGGUAUUCAAAAAUAACCCAAAUAAAAUUGAGACAAGCCGCCAAGGAGGUGUUCGAGAGGCAGUCAGUCUUUUGAGGAGGACGCCCAAUCAGGAAACCCAGAAACAGUUAACAGGUUUGCUCUGGAAUUUAUCCUCUACAGACCAGCUGAAGGAGGAACUUGUUAAGGAAGCUCUUCCUGUCUUGACUGAAUGUGUAGUGAUACCAUUUUCUGGUUGGACAGAUAAUUCAAUAUCUGGCCACAAGAGUGCUUUAGAUCCUGAAAUAUUCUUCAAUGCAACUGGAUGUUUAAGGAACCUUAGCUCUGCAGAUGUUGGACGCCAGGCCAUGCGCAACUCCUCAGGGCUAGUGGAUUCUCUUAUGCAUUAUAUCCAGCAACGUGUGGCCAAUAAUUGUCCUGAUGACAAGUCAGUGGAGAACUGUGCCUGUAUCCUGCACAAUCUGUCUUAUCAUUUGGACUCAGAAGUGCCGAAUAAAUACUCCCAAUUGAAUGAACAAAUGUUGCGCAAUCAACAGACAGACAAGACCUCCACAGGCUGCUUCAGCAACAAGAGUGACAAGUUGCAGAAUAAUAAUUUUGAGUUACCACUUCCAGAAGAAGAUGCAAACCCUAAAGGAUCUGCACUUCUGUCUCACUCUAGUGCUAUAAAAACGUAUCUGUCUCUUCUGGGACAGAGCAAGAAAGACUCCACCCUGGAAGCAUGUGCUGGAGCACUGCAAAAUCUGACUGCUAGCAAGGGACCGAUGUCCAAUGGGAUGAGUCAGAUCAUUGGUCUUAAAGAAAAUGGACUUCCCCAAAUCACACGCUUGCUUCAAUCUGGAAACUCUGAUGUGGUGAAAACAGGAACUUCACUUCUUAGCAAUAUGUCUCGUCACCCAUCUCUUCACAAGAGCAUGGGUACACAGGUACUCCCUGAUGUUUCUCGCCUCCUGUCACAAACCUCUGGAAAUGCAACAAACUCAGAAGACAUCCUGUCCUCAGCCUGCUAUACCAUGAGAAACCUUGUAAUGGCCCAACCUCAGCUGGCAAAGCAGAGUCUUUCUAGCAACCUACUGGGAAACCUGGUCAAUAUGUGCAAAUCUGGAGCUUCACCCAAAGCUGCAGAGGCUGCUCGUCUUUUCCUGACUGACAUGUGGUCUCAGAAAGAGUUACAAGGAAUACUGAAACAGCAAGGUCUUGACAAAAGUCUUAUGGGAUCCCUAGCGAGUUCGGCCCUGCGAAGUACAGUAUCACGGGUUUUCUAAAAUCAGUGGAAAGACAGUAUGUAUAUUUUAAGAUUCUUCACUCUCUUUUCAGCCACUGCACAGAAUCCGUCCUUGCGCUGUGCAGUCUGUAGAAACGUUGGGAGAAGAGUAGUUUUAAGAAGAUAACAAUAUACUUAAGAAAUUGCACAACUUUUGCUUUUUAGAAUUAUAUAUUUUUUAAAUGUUUUUAAUAGUACACUCCACUUUGGGCUAUGAGUUUGGACUCUCUCUGCAAUCCUUAAACAAAUGUUGAUUGAAGGUAAUCAGUCACUUCCAUAGUAUUUUACAGCUAAAGCUUUUCAAUGUAGUUCAGUCAUUGGUGUUAGAGAAUAUAUGUAAAUACUGUAUCUUUUAUCCACUUUUACACUUAUUGUAUAUUUGUGUCGUUGGGGUAAGCCUUAAAGAUUUACGCCUUAAAGGAAUACUAUUGUAAAAAUGUAUCACUUACCUAACCAUGCCAUAAUAUUUACUGCCAAAUCUGAAAAGAUCAGUGUUUCAUUUGAUAUUAUUUAUAAACUCUGCAAACCAUGCACUAGCAAUCAAUACAGCCAAUUUCAAGUAUAUAGCAUGAGCAGCAAUUGUAUUAAUGUUAUUUGUAUGUAUGUGUAUGUAUUUAUAUAUAUAUAUAUAUAUAUAUAUAUAUACAGAUUCUAUUGAGAUCUCACUGUAUGAGUUAUUUACAAGCCGAAGACACGGUGAAGUGGAGAGCAACGGAUAAUUUUCCUGUGCUUUAUACGCCUAUUUUUUUUUAAAAAGCAAAGAUCCCUAUUUUUUUCCACACAGACUCACACAUGUUAGUAGGAAUUAAUGAAAUUGGCUGCUAAAUGUUGUAUGGCCCUAUGGGUAGAAAGAAGAUCCAUGGAUAAUGUGGGCUAGUCACAAUAUUGUAAGUGCUUCUUGAAAAGAUGGCAAAGAUUCUGAUUUUGUGGCCUAGAUAAUCAAAAGAACGUUAAAGUGUAAACAAUGUGCAUUUCUCAGGUUUCCCAUUUUACCACUCUUUGUAUAGUAUAGGUAGAUUUGCAAAAUAGAAUUUGAAACAUCUAGGAGGUGAAUUUAAUCCGUGCGUGGGAGCUAUUUUGUACCUUUAGAAAUUAAGAGGACAGUCUUUUGCCCAAUAUAAACAUAAAGUGCAAUAAUCAUUUGACACCUGAAGUGAAGCUUGGAUGUUUACAUAUUUGUUAUUGUCAUAUAAGAUAUUAAUGGGGCACUAUCAAAUGAAAUAAUGGUAGUAAUUAAGUAAAUGGGUUUUCGGACAAAAUGUUAGUAUUCGCACUUUAAGGUUACAUUUUGUUUUUGCAGUAAUCUACAUGUUUGGUAUGCAUUAUAAGCCAACCAAAUACUGCACAAAGCUACAACACAGACAUUGCAUACCAAUAGGCCCCGCUACAUCAUAUUGUUUUUUGGUUUCUACAUGACUCUCAGUAUUUGUUGAAUAAAUAAUAUUUUUCAGUUAGUAUAAAAAAUAUUAUGCUUUAUGUAAAGCACCUAAUAAUUGUUUAAAAUGUGUCAUGUCAUAGAAGGUGAAUACAUGGCACCUUUUUAAAAACAUUGAACAAAAUCUCAGGUAAAACUACAGCCAGGUCAUUUUUUUUAAAUAGAUCUAUGAAUCACCCAGGAGGUGUACAGUGUAAUAAUGUUUUACACGUUGUGCUGUACACAAUAGGUACAGGGAGUGUUCAAAUAGCACAAUCAGAAUAAUCAGCAGUAUUGGUUGCAAUCCAACCCUAAUGGCCUAUUUUACAUAUAUCUCUCUUUCCUCUAUUAAAACAUUCUCUGUAUAGACUCUGCUAGAGUGUAUAAAGUGUACAUAGCUGUUAUUUGUCCUUAAGCUCUCAUUCUGUUUUGCUCAUAUCUGACUACAUCAGCAAGUUGAUAGGCAUAGAGACUUUGCUGGCCAAACAGACCCUUUUAUAUAUAUAUAACUUCUACCCCACCAAACAAAUACACACUGGAGGUAACAUUCAUUUGGAUAGCUCACUCCAAAACAACACGACAUAUGAGGGCAUCACCUGAACUGAUCCUGAAUAUUCAAGCCAAUGAUGUUUCUACAUUAAGAUGCUAAUGAAACCACAGGACCAGUCAGUACAAUUAACCAGUGAAACUGUAGACCCUAACAAAUAAGCAAACAGCCCUGCAAUGCAGAGAUCAAUAGUUGUAUUCUAAAAGAAUAAUCUUAGCAAAUUUCCCAAAAGGGUUCACAAGCACAUUCUUAAACCAAGACGUGACACAUGAGGCAAUGUUAAAAAAAUACAAGACCCAUACAAAUAGGAUGUUCACCAUUGGGAAUUCUGUACUUUUCUAUGGUUUUUUUAGUUAAUUCUAAUUAUAAGACUAAACUUAGCAACAUACUGCAAACCAUGAACCGUAUUGAGAAAGUGCAAGGGAUAUGAUGUUAUAAUACACUGUAUACCAAAGGCUUGUAGCUGUUGUACUCAUGAGUGGAGUCUUUUUAGCUAAACAAAGUAGUGUUAUACCCUUAUCAGUUUUAGAGUUAUGACUGAAAUUAAUUAUAGCUUAACCUAACUUCACUUGAGUUUUGCCAACUAUUCAUGUACCCUUUAUAUAAAAUAUAAUAAAUGCACAUAUUGAAUAAUGUUAUUAGUUAGUAAACCAGAGUCAUAUUGCACUGCAUCAUUCUGUAUAAAUGCUGAAUAAAA